UAGCUCGGAUACAUAGAAGGCACAGACUGAAUGGUUUGGCUGAGGCGUGGACAACGCUUCAAAUGUACCUCGGCGACCGCCGUACUUACACUCAGUGUUUACUAUCAGUGCCAGCCACUAAGUUAGGUGAAGGAAUGGCUGAAUAUUCACAUGUCAAAUCAACAAAACUGGUGUUGAAAGGUCUAAACAAAGGGAAAAAGAAAAAGCACAAAGAUAAGAAGAGAAAAGCAACAGAUGAAGAAGAAAAACCUGAUAUAAUUGGUGGGUGGUGGGCCGUCAGAAGCUUUGGGGAAAUUACCGGAACAGUUGCCAUAGAGAUGCAGAACAACUCGUACAUCCAUGCCCUGGAUACUGGACUUUUCACACUCGGUGCACCGCACAAAGAUGAUGAAGGACCAGACCCUCCAGAGCAAUUUACUGCCAUCAAGCUCUCAGACACACGAAUAGCCUUGAAGUCAGGAUAUGGCAAGUACCUGGGUAUCAACUCUGAGGGUUUGGUGGUGGGGCGCUCUGAUGCCAUCGGCUCCAGGGAACAAUGGGAACCAGUCUUCCAGGCUGGCAAAAUGGCUCUCCUGGCAGCAAAUAGCUGUUUCAUCUCCUACAGUGACAGUGGGGACAUCGCGGCCAAGAGCAAGACAGCAGGGGAUGGCGAGAUGGUGAAGAUCAGAUCAAGUACGGAACGAGAGGUCAAGCGUAAAGACGACAUUGCAGAUGAAGACAGGGGCAACGUGAAGUCCUGUGAGAUCAAUUAUGUGAAGAAGUUUCAGAGUUUUCAAGAUCGGCGGCUCAGGGUUAAUGAGGACGACCCUUCCACCUUAAAGAAAGCCAGAAUGGACGGGAAGUUUCAUGAAGCUUUGCUCGACAGGAGGAGCAAAAUGAAAGCAGACAGAUACUGCAAAUGAAGACUCGUCUUUGUAUAUUGCUGCCAUGUCUUUGUAAAUGUCGUCAUUUCACAGAUUUGGCCUUUUAAUCUAACAUUAGAUGUACUUUUUGCUCCAUUUUAUAUUUUUAAUAAACAUUACAUUAUCAAAUCA